AUGUCUGACCUACCAACUUACAGCGCGGCUGAUGUCGCAGCGCACUCAACCAGGGACGACCUCUGGAUGACCAUCCAGGGCAAAGGUGCGAGCGCAGUCUACAAUGUUACAGACUACGUGCGCGACCAUCCAGGUGGCGUAGAUGUUUUGAUCGAUGUCGCUGGAAAGGACGCAACCGAGGAGUACGUCGAAACCGGGCACUCUGAGGAUGCAGACGAGAUCAUGGCCCGCUACGCCGUUGGCAUCGCGGCCACCCCCGAGAAGGUGAAGCGCUCAAAGAACAUCAAGCUUGUACAACAAGCGCCGGUGACACCGGAAGUGAAGAGCUCUGCAGCUUCGGCUGUCGUAAAAGUUGUUGCCGGGUCUAUGGCUCUUGCCGGAGCUGCCUACUGCGCUGCAACAUACGGGCCGUCACCGCGCAUUCUCGUAUCCAAACUCCCGCAGUUACCGACAUCCUCUCUUUCGAGCGGAAACAGCGCCUUUGUCGGUGGCUUCGCGAUCGCCAGCGUCAUCUCCACAAUCGGCGCGACUGUUGUUGCCAACAAGCUUUCCAAAUUUACACAGAUCGAUUCUGGCUUUGGAAAGUACCCUCCUCGCCGCAAGCUGCGUCAUCGCGUCAAGCCGGCCAACCCGCAUCUAGCAAGAGGAUUCCUCGAUGCCAAGGAGUACAAGCCCUUGAAGGUAGCCAAAAUCGACCAGUUGUCGUCGAACGUCUUCAGGUAUAGCUUCAACCUGCCGGACCCGCGGGACGUCGUUGGCCUGCCCAUUGGCCAGCACGUUGCCAUCAAGGCCACCAUUGACGGCAAGGCCGUCUCGCGAUCAUACACCCCUACCUCCAACAACCUCGACAAGGGCCUGCUGGAACUGGUCAUCAAGAUCUACCCCGAUGGCCAGCUCACCGGCAAGUUCUUCGCAAACCUGAAGGUCGGAGAUGAGGUGCUGUUCCGUGGACCCAAGGGCGCCUACACCCACACAGUCGGGCAGUGCAAGAAGAUUGGCAUGAUCGCAGGCGGCACAGGCAUCACACCCAUGUACCAGCUUAUCCGCGCGAUAUGCGAGGACGAGUACGACACAACAGAGGUAUCUCUGAUCCUGGCCAACCGCUCGGAAGACGACAUCCUCCUGCGCAAGGAGCUCGAGACCUUCGCGAGGCGGUACCCCAAGAACUUCAAGCUGUGGUACAUGCUGGACAGCCCGCCGGAGAACUGGGCCUAUGGCAGCGGCUACGUAACAGCAGACUUGAUGAAGGAGAAGCUGCCCGCGCCAGCGCCAGACACCAAGGUUAUGCUAUGUGGGCCUCCGGGGAUGGUCAAUGCGUCGAAGAAGGCUUUGGAGGGCCUAGGUUUCAAGGCCCCAGGAGCCGUCGCGAAAAUGUCCGAUGAGAUCUUCUGCUUCUGA